GGAGUCACCUCUUCGAAGUCAUUACUGAAUAGGCGGGCGGAUGGGAACGCGGGAACCAGCUGGCUUGAGUACUUUGUUACAGUGGAAAGCGCCACAGGUCGCCGUUACAGCUUCCUCACCCACCCCUCCUUCCACUAUCCCACACACAAACCGCCUCCAGCGAUCAAGGGUAAACAUUUGUUUCUACAAUUAUAAAUUGAAUAAUUAAUCGAACUUUGAUCAGACCGGUGGCGCGCGCGGCCGUAGGGGACAUGGAGGCGUUCCAGAAAGUCGAGAAAAUCGGAGAGGGGACCUACGGCGUGGUUUACAAAGCGAAAAACAAGCAGACUGGCGAGACGGUGGCCCUGAAGAAAAUCCGCCUCGAUACGGAGACGGAGGGAGUCCCCAGUACUGCCAUCAGAGAGAUCUCUCUUCUCAAGGAACUCAGUCACCCCAACAUUGUCAAGCUGAGUGAUGUGAUCCACACAGAGAAUAAGCUCUACCUCGUCUUCGAGUUUCUGCACCAGGACCUCAAGAAGUUCAUGGACUCCUCCUCCAUCACUGGCAUCCCCCUGCCUCUCAUCAAGAGUUACCUGUUCCAGUUGCUGCAGGGGCUGGCGUUUUGUCACUCUCAUCGAGUUCUGCACAGGGACCUCAAGCCUCAGAACCUGCUCAUCAACGCUGAGGGUGCCAUCAAGCUGGCUGACUUUGGCCUGGCGCGGGCAUUCGGGGUGCCAGUGCGCACCUACACACACGAGGUGGUGACUCUGUGGUACAGGGCUCCGGAGAUUCUGCUGGGAUGCAAAUACUACUCGACAGCCGUGGAUAUCUGGAGUCUGGGCUGCAUCUUCGCUGAAAUGGUCACGAGGAGGGCGCUGUUCCCCGGUGAUUCGGAGAUCGACCAGCUCUUCCGGAUAUUCCGUACCCUGGGCACGCCGGACGAGGCAGUGUGGCCGGGGGUCACCUCCAUGCCCGAUUACAAGUCCACCUUCCCCAAGUGGGCAAGGCAGGAGUUCAGUAAGGUGGUGCCUCCGCUGGAUGAGGAAGGCAGGGAUCUGCUGGCGCAAAUGCUUCACUACGACCCUAAUAAGCGAAUUUCAGCCAAAAAUGCGCUAGUGCACCGAUUCUUCCGGGAUGUCACCAUGCCGCUGCCGCACCUACGCCCUUGAGGGACAGACUGACACGGGGGGGGGGGGGGGGGCAGACGGAUGGCGGGAGCAGGACAAUAGCGCCCCCCACUGGAACUGAAACCACAUAACAAGAUCCUGAAAAUUCAACACCAGCAGUUUAAUAUAUUGUAUAAGCGCCUUCCUUUGCUACAGUACGAGGAAACUGGAAUGACUAUCAGAAAGGACUUUAUAAUUUCUGUUUCUUUUACAUAAUAUACAGUUCAGCUGAAAUCAUUUUACUGAGAAAGCAUUGCUGCAAAUCUCUUUUGAAUUUGAAAAUGCUGCCAAAUUUCUCUCCUUGUUAGUCUGUUACGGGAGUUGAGAUGCUGUUUUGCACAUUGUGUUUUUCUAGGGAUUUUAAAGGGAGGUUGCCUCCCAAACGUUGCAAAAUUUGCUGAGAAUUGUGGCUUUUAAAAGCUUUGCAGAUUUUAUUAAAAAUGGUGUAUUUGUAAGUUUUCACUGAGAAGUAACACAAUUGUUUGCGUUCAGGUCUGAGGAGGCACAGUGUUCCCUUGACCCAGUCCUGGUUUCAGAUCUCCCGUUGUUUGAAAUGACCAGGAGCCUGGAGUUUGAUCAGUCAGGCCCCUGCUCAGUCUGAAUUCACUGCAUUCAUCACAGCAAGAAUACAUCUCGCCUGUGAGUGUGGCUUUACCAGUAGGAGUUGUUCAUGCAGCUAUAAGGGAGGAAGAGUUUGUUUAACAUGACACUCCUGCUCAUUGAAGGUAGUUCUGUAACUCAGGAUUGGUUUUAAGCCAUGGUAUAGACAGAUACUGCUGUAAAGUCUUGUGAGACACACAUUAGGAAAAUGCCAAAGGUAACAAAUACAAAUCAAUAGGGGGAACUUCGUGAAACUCAAAAAUGUUCUCUUAAAGAAACAUAUAGGGGUGUGCACAAACUAGUUCCUAUCGUUUUAAUGUGCACUGGGAAUUCAACUGAGAGACUAGACCUAGUUCCUUAACUGUAGUGCUCUUUGCUGUGACUGUCUCAAUGGAGGUUGUGUUUUGAGGGGGGGACUCCAUACUAUUUUUGUAUAAAUCAUUUGGUGCUGUAAAUUUAUAGGGAAACCCCCAUAGUCUCGGAGGGUCUCUCCUGGUGAAGGCACGGCCGAAUGGUCUGCAGGAUGAGCCACACAGGCAGGGGAGCGCAGGUUCCUGGCUGUGCCACGUUGGCAAUCUUCACUUCCACAGGGAGCGUCUGGGUUAGGGAGGCAAAAUCUUCCGAGACUUUCUCCUCCUUGUGCUACAGCGGCCACUACUGGACAGAUGACCUGCACCUGCACAGUUUGUCCUCCAGGAGGCGGUGGCUCACUUCCACUGUGGAGCUCCGGGGUGUGAAGAGGUGAUUGGCUCAGGGAUCGGAGGACACACACUGAGCUUCAGCUCUCCUGAGCUGUCGUGGGGAGGGAGUGUAAUUGGAACUUCUCAGUUUGGGAGAUAAAUGGGGCUACAAUAAUUGGACCACUAAAUAAUGAACAAUUACUUGAUUAAAAGGGAUUGAUAGGAAGGUUAAAAAAAACUCCAUUCAGGAAUUUGAGCUGUGCAUUUGAGACAUGUUGAGCUAAUAUCACUGCGUUGAUACAGUUUACUUCAUUCAGAAGUUCUUUUUUAGGCAUUUUUCUAAGUAACACGUUCCCCCCUUAAUGUAUAUUUUGUAAGUUUGAGGGGUUUCACUCAACAGGACAGAUUAAUAAUUGAAAGAAUCUAGAAGUGUGUUUUUACUGUCAGGUUUGUUUAAUUGAAGUAAUGUAGGAGAUGGGUGUAAGAACAGCGCAUUAAUGAAUAGCGAUUAGAAAUAUUUAAACUUGUUUCUAGACGGGGGUUGAGAAAUUAAAUAUUUUUGUCAUAGGUAUUUAAUAUUGAUGUUGAAAUGUUUCAAAUUUUAAACAGUUUAAAGGUUUUAUGCUUGUAAACUUUUUGAUAAAUGUUAUUUGCCAUUUCUCCACAUUUCUAGAGCAGUUGGAUAUUGGCAAUAAACCACAGCCCAUGUUCUACCACUGUCUGUUAUUAGCAAUAAAAGUGACAUAUUCAGUCAUUCAAAAGUAA